CGGUCACCUCUGCCCCGGAUGUUAUAGUGAUGAUGCGUAGAAGCUAGUUAGCACAAAUGGUGCUUCAUGAAUUGUGUUCUCCGUGUGUGCUGCCAUUCCAAGUUUUUGAUAUCAGCUUUUCCGUGUCUCCUGUUGUAGACGCGUGAUCAAUGACGGCUUUGGACAGCAAUGGCUGUCGUGUCAUGGAAGGAGAUUUUACUUUUGACUGGACUGGUAGUGGGGUGUUACUGGAACAGUCUGUCAUGUGGGUUUGUGUUUGAUGAUGUGUCCGCAAUUCUUGACAACAAGGACCUGAGGCCCUCAACCCCUGUCCGCAAUCUGUUCCUCAAUGACUUCUGGGGAACACCCAUGGCUGAGGAGCGGAGCCAUAAAUCUUACAGACCCCUGACCGUACUCACCUUCCGACUGAACUACCUCUUCAGUGAACUCAGCGCAGCUUCCUACCAUCUUCUCAAUGUCGUUUUACAUGCUGUUGUAUGUGUGCUUUUCCUGCGAGUGUGCCGGUCGUUCCUGGACAAGACUUCCAGCUUGGUGGCAGCGUUGCUGUUUGCUGUGCACCCCAUCCACACCGAAGCCGUCACUGGUGUGGUUGGCAGAGCUGAACUUCUAUCCUCGAUCUUUCUACUGGCUGCUUUCCUCGCAUACACAAAAUCAACAGGCGCAGACCAGUCCAUUGUAUGGGCUCCCAUUGCUCUGACAGUAGUUCUAGUGGCUGCAGCGACUCUGUGUAAGGAACAAGGAAUCACCGUUGUCGGCAUCUGCUGUGUUCAUGAAGUGUUUGUUGCACAGGGGUUUACUCUGCCCAUGCUGCUGGACACACUGCGGCAAGUCCUACAAGGUAAAGACGGUUUCCCCUACGCUGUCCUACAAACUCUGCUGAAGCUUAUUGUCCUCGUCAUCAGCACCCUGCUGCUCGUCAUCAUCAGGGUCCAAGUCAUCCAGUCCCAGCUUCCUGUCUUCACCAGAUUUGAUAACCCGGCAGCUGUCAGCCCCACUCCUGCUAGACAGCUGACUUUCAACUACCUGCUUCCUGUGAACGCAUGGCUUCUCCUGAAUCCUUCAGAGCUCUGCUGCGACUGGACUAUGGGCACCAUCCCUCUUGUGGAGUCACUUUUAGACCUUCGUAACCUGGCCACCCUUGUGUUCUACACCUUUCUGGGCCUGCUUGCUUACCAUAGUCUACGCUACAGACACAGCUCUGCCAAGACUGUCAUCAUGGCCCUUUCUUUGAUUGUCCUUCCUUUCAUUCCGGCAUCCAACCUCUUCUUCCCUGUGGGUUUUGUCGUGGCCGAGAGGGUCCUUUACGUGCCCAGUAUGGGCUUCUGUGUGCUUGUUGCACAUGGAUUCAAGAUCGUCUCGCAUAAAGGACAUUUGAAGAAGAUUUCCUGGUUGAUGAUUGGCGUGCUAAUAACUACGCAUGCAGUGAAAACAUUUAACAGGAACUGGGACUGGGAGUCAGAAUAUACCCUGUUCACAUCUGCCCUGAAGGUUAACAAGAACAAUGCCAAGUUGUGGAAUAAUGUCGGCCAUGCUUUGGAGAACCAAAGCAAUUAUGCAAAGGCACUGCAGUAUUUUCUCCAGGCCACUCGCGUCCAACCAGAUGACAUUGGGGCUCACAUGAAUGUUGGAAGAACCUAUAAGAACUUGAAUAAAUCCAAGGAAGCAGAAGAUGCUUACUUGGUUGCCAAAUCCCUCAUGCCACAGGUCAUUCCUGGUAAGAAGUAUGCGACACGUGUGGCCCCAAACCAUCUGAAUGUUUACAUAAACUUGGCUAAUCUGAUCCGGGCCAACGACUCACGGCUGGAGGAGGCCGACCAGCUCUACCGACAAGCAAUCAGCAUGAGACCAGACUUCAAACAAGCCUACAUCAGCAGAGGGGAGCUGCUCCUGAAGAUGAACAAGCUGACAGAAGCCCGGGACGCCUACCUCCGAGCCUUGGAGCUUGAUCGCACCAACGCUGACCUUUGGUACAACCUGGCCAUUGUCAACAUAGAGAUGAAAGACCCAUCUGAAGCCCUGAAGAACUUCAACCACGCCCUGGAGCUUAACCCACGCCACAAGCUGGCACUUUUCAACUCAGCACUUCUCAUGCAGGAGUCAGGUGAGCCAAAGUUCUGGCCUGAGGCCAACCGUCGUUUCCUCACCUAUGUGGAGGAGGAGCCUGAUGAUGCCAACGGCUACUUCAACCUCGGCAUGCUGGCCAUGGAUGCCAAUGAAAAUGCAGCAGCUGAGCGGUGGAUGCGCAAAGCCAUUGGUUUGCAGGCUGGCUUCCGAAGUGCUCUAUUUAACCUGGCAUUGCUCUACUCUCAGUCCAAACGUGAGAUGGAUGCAUUGCCUGUGUUGGACGAACUGCUGCGACACCACCCAGAGCACAUUAAGGGCCUCAUCCUGAAGGGUGACAUCCUCAUGAACCACAAGAAGGACACCCGUGGUGCUAAAGUUUGCUUUGAGCGCAUUUUGCGCAUGGACCCCACAAAUGUCCAAGGCAAGCACAACUUGUGCGUGGUCUACUUUGAGGAACGUGACCUGCCGCGGGCCGAGCGUUGCCUGGAAGAAACACUGGCUCUGGCACCAAAUGAGGAGUAUGUGCGUCGUCACUUGAGCAUUGUGCGAAGUAAAAUGGCUGCCAUGAGUGCAGCAGGGCAACCACUGACUUCAACAGAGGGAGCCGCCACGUCAGCAAAGGAAGAAAAGCCACAGAGAGCUAAGGAGAGUGCGGACAAGGGUGAGGAGGAAGGGAGGGGUGCUGAUGCUGUUGGGGAUGAGAAUAAUGUGCGGAAAUCCUCUGCAGAAAGCCUCCGAGAUGUGGGUGUGGACCAAUCAGAAUCUGUAGACAGUAGCACGCCUGACAAGCGGACUAAGGGUAAGUCCACUAAAGAGAUUAAAGAUAUAGAGGAAAAAAGGGCAGCUGCCUUAAAGAGACUAGAGGAGAUUGAGCGCAUAUUAAGUGCUGAUUGACAUUGUUGUAAUUUAUAGCUGGACUACUUUUGUAGAGCUCUUCAAAGCUCCUAAAUAAGACUGCAUUUCCCCCCUUAAAAUUGUCUAUUCUUAAUCAGUUGCCAUUUUAUUUCUAUGAUUUAUUCACAUGUUUACAGGCCACUCUGCAUGGUCCUGUCAUUUUAACACUAAUCAUGUCAAGAAGGGAAUUAUUGAUCUGCACAUGAAACAAUAAGCACAAAGCCAAUUUGGGAUAAUCUAUUUAAAGCUUGUGAGAGAUGUAGACGCCAGCGUGUGUGCCUAAUCUGAAUGUGAUUUCACAUAUUGUAGAUCUGCAGUAGUUUGUCUUGUUUUGUUUGUCCGUAUGUAGUCAUUGUUUAUCACUGGAUUUAUUUUUUCACUAAGAUGUGACUCACUCCCGUGUCAUUGUUUUUAAAAACGGAAUGAUUGUAUCGUGGACAAUUAAAGGAAAUGACGUGUUCUCCAGAUUUCCUCAAGGCAGGAUGAUAUCUGCAGAGUUUGCACCUCAAAAUAAACCACACAGAGAGCAAAAUAACCCUCCGCACUACACCAACACCAGGUUUAUGCUCCAUUGCGGCAACGUCUGAAAAUCUUUAUUGAUCUCACUGGGCACUUCCUGCCACUACAUCAUCGGCCUACGUACUCGCAGCUGCCUUUAUCUCCAGAUUUCAUUGUGAACCCAUCUAGAGGUGAUUAUCUCAUUCCCUUCGGCACAUUACUCCCCACAUCUCCACAACCGUCUGCCAUCCUUACAGCCUCGUUAGAGAUGAGUUUUUUGGAUGUCUGCUCUGCUUUUCUUGGUAACCUAGCCCAUAGGCAUCACUUUAACCUGAGUAACGCCUAUUUGGCUGGAACAAUGAUGCACGCUCAUCCUCGGUGUCAUGUGUGCUUCAUUUUCCUAAGCUCCCUCCACAAGUGGAGAAUUUUCAACACACAUUUGCAGAAAGCAGAUCCCACGUAUCCUAUUCCACAGUGCUGAUGUUUGGGUUUACUGGUGCUAAAAUGCCAGUGGGGUUCCACAUUUUUCAGUUUUUUUAGUAGCCUUUGUAUUCAUUGUCUUCAGCAUAUAUAGAUGUGUUUAUUCUGAGUCCAUAAUCCUUUGCAUUUAGCUAACAUCAACAUUGACUAAACUGCUGUCUGUGAGUGCACAAAUUAAAGCUUCAAAUAUUUUUUUUGUUUUAUGCACAACUCCUGUUUUCUCAGGCUUUGCCUUCUCUUACACUACACCACUAUCAAACCCAGCACCUGACUGACUGUUUUCCAAGAGGUCUAAAUAUAUAAGCAGUCCUCUACUGUGAUUGAAAACAAACGAGAAGUCAAAAGCACUUCUGCUGCUGCUUAAAUGGCUAAAGGCACAGCCGUCAACAUUAGACCACAGCAGUCGUGACCUUAGCAUGAGCAGCCCUGAUUGUAGCUGUGAGGCAGGCCAGCAGUGUUCAGUCCAUCACAAACUUCAUAGCAAAUCAAGUAGAAAUUGUAUUUCCCUUGCAAGCUGGUAAGUCAUGCUGCCAUGAUGUUUCUGUUAUCACAUCACAAGGCGGUAAUUUGUUUCAGCAGAAUGACUUCCCAGUAAAAUUUGAACUAGUGAAAUUACAUAAAAGACUGUUUACUGUAGCUUAAGAGGACUGUGGUGGUACUUUGGAGCCUUGCUAUGCAUUGACCUUGUUUGGCCCUGAAAGUCUAUGUACAUAUAUUUACAGGGUACUGUAUCCAGUGUUAUUUAUUACGUUUGUGUACACUGCAAAUGCUGUAGAUGUUUUCCUUUACCAGUGACGGUAUGCUUUAAAUUCACACUGCAUUGUUUUGUCUCUGCUAAUUUUCAGUGUGUCUGCUGUCACUUGUAAAAGAAACAAAAUUUAAAAAAUGUCCGAGAUGGGUUUUUUUUCGUUGUUGGUUUUUUUUUUUUUCAGUUUCAAACUGCAGAGCCCAUGUCAGUGUUAAACAUGUACAAACUACCGGUAAUCGGCUUCGUUCAAGGAGUAGUUGCAGCUGUGAACGAGGGACGAUCCAGUUUGCAACAUUCUGCUUCACUUCAUUUUACUGACUGAUUGUUUUUGUACGAUUUAAUUUUUUUUUAUGCAAUAACCCUUGGUGGUGGGGGUCUAGGUUAUUAAAUAAAGUGAGAUGAAAACUC